AUCGUUUCGGAAAUCAUCCACCACACGGCGCUAGGCUCCCACGUUUCGCUCAUACAGUCACGCAUGCGCGCUAAGUCGAACGCGCUCCACUCUUCCAAGCUUUUCGAUCCAAGCCGUGCUGUGAUGUCGCACGAUGCUACUUGUUAGUUACUGGACAACUGCUAGAAUGCACGAUUUUCCAUAACAUAUAAGAACAUCGCAAAAUUCCGACGCCCAGAAUGAACUUCGGGAAGAUCAGCGUCCGCGUGGCGGUCGUCGUCGCUGCGAUCGCAUCUCCUGCGUGGAGUAGCGGCACGCCCAAAGUCCACAGUUUCGGAUUUCCGCCGGAUUUAAUUUUGGGUGAUGAAACCGGUGCUCAUUGCGUCGUGAGAAAAGACGCUACUGGGUCCGUUUCAAUCCUGUGGCGUAAAGACGGCGUGGAAAUGAAAUCCAACGGUCGAAUAACUGUGUCCAUGCCGACAACGAGCAGCUCGACGCUAACGAUACGACGGAUCGAGCCUGGAGACAUCGGAAACUACACCUGCAUCGCCAGUAGUGUCCAGGGGUCAAGUGAGGUCACAGUUCCUCUCACAGUCACAGCUGCCCCGGUGUGGUCGGCGGAGCCCGCCGAUGCCGAAGCCAUCCAAGGGAAGGACCUGUACCUGCCCUGCGGAGCGGUGGGUUACCCCAAGCCCAGCACCGCCUGGAAGAUGCAGCUGACGGGGUCCCGCGAGUUCAUCCCACUGCACACGAUGGGUCGCCAGAGGAUCCAUGACAACGGCACCCUGGUCAUCGAGGCCGUCGAGGCGGCAGACGCCGGCGUGUACCGCUGCGAGGUGGCCAACGGCAUCGAGCCAUCCCUCGGCAAGACGUUCUCCGUCUCCGUGCACGUACCGCCGGCAAUCGCCAAGGGGUCCAAUGAGGUCUCCGUCAAGCGCGGAGACAUAGCCAAGAUCGCCUGUGACGUCACUGGCGAGCACCCUCUAUUGGUCACCUGGGAGAAAGACGGUGCACCUCUGGUGCCAUCUGUCGACAGGUACGAGACGCACGAGGACGUGACCCCGACGGGAGUCCAGUCCGUGCUGGUCAUCCACAACACGAUCAAGAAGGACGCUUCCCAGUACGUCUGCAUCGCCAAGAACGACUACGGGAAGACCAGGGACGUCUUCAGACUCGUCGUUCUGGAACCCCCGGAGAGUCCCUCGAACGUGGUGGUGACCGAACGAGGCAGCCGGUACGUCCAGCUCAAGUGGACCCAGUCAAGCAAGGCGGUCACGCGGUACCUCGUCCGGUACUGGAGAAAGUCCAGCAAGGGCAGCGUGCUCCAGGAACGCGAGGUGGACGGUCUCCGACCCAACCUGAUGGUGAGCCAGCUUCACCCCGGCACCGAGUACGCCGCGGUCGUGCUCGCUGAAAACUCGGUCGGCUUCGGCGAACCUUCGGACCCGGUCCACUUCACCACUGCCUCCGAAGAGCCCGGAGCGCCGCCCAUGAACGUCAAGUGCGAACCGAUCGACACGAAGACUGUCAAGGUCACGUGGGAGGCCCCGCCGACGGACAAGCAGAACGGCGACCUGCGGGGCUACUACAUCAGCUACAAGCUGGAGGGCACCCCGUUCAGCCACGAGACCGUGAACCGCAACUCGAAGCACAAGCUGUUCGGGGGACUCCAGGCGGCCUCCGUCUACACCUUCUCGGUCAAGGCUUUCAACGACGUCGACUCCGGACCGGCCUCCGAAGAAGUGUCCUGCGCCACCCUCAACGGGGAUCCACCGUCAAUUCCUAGCGUCAGGGUGACGGGUAUCACGUCGUCCUCCGUCAGUCUCAACUGGAACACACCGGCCAACACCAUGUCGCCCGUGAUUCAGUACCUGGUGCAGUACGGCAGCGACGACGAAGAGAAGUCCGACCUCCACCUGCCGGGCAACAAGGACACGGUGACCCUCCGCGACCUGAGAAGCGGCACCCGAUACAACUUCCGGCUGGCCGCCUACAACAUGUACGGCAGGGGAGACUUCUCGCACAACCUGCCCGCCGUCACGCACCUCUCAGACGGCCGGUCUCUUCAGACGACGACGGAGAGCGAGGUGCCCUUCUACUACCGGACCUACUUCGUGGUGCCCGUGGCAGCGUCCUUCACGGUAAUCAUCACAGCCGUCGUGAUCGCCUGGGCCUGUCUCAAGCGAGCCACCAUCAUCCAAAAGAACGCAUACCGCAAAGUGUACGGUAUUGAGUACUAUGGCGACUGUAAGCUCCCGCCAGGUACCCCGCUGGUGAGUCAGUACGCGAGAGGCUCGUACGCGCCUACCAUGGAACACCCGAGGAACAGCCAGGGCACCGAAGAAGCCUACGACGUCCCCUGGGACGGACCUCCGACCAGGACUGGCAUGAUCAACGACGGCAUCGGCAGUUACGCUAGGCUCAAGACGCAGGGAAAGCGAAACAUCGUGUAAAGCGGACACGUGUACCUUCCGUCGGACAAGAUGGAAGCCUCAUUCCAGUGCUACGACGCUCGCCUGGAACCGCUCCUGAUCUUCGCGAAUCGUCGAGACGGCACCUGGAACAGAAGACGACAACCCUCGUCAAUCUACCUUGCGAGACCGGCUCCGACUUGCGAGCGAGAUCUCUUCCAAGUAUAUGUCGCGCCCUCUAUCGACGGCUACAUCAAGUGAUCCACGUCAACGCUGGCGGUGACGAUGUUCGCGCUUUUUGUUCGCGUCGACAGAGGGCGCUUCUGUCACCGUCGAUGAACUGGACUUUCCUAAUAUCUCGGCGAGAUCAGGAACGGUUGGUGCCAUGAUCGGUGAAUGCAUGAUGUGUGUGUACCUGCUCAAGAGUGCAGCGAAACUGAAGAAGGCCUCUACUUUGUGAAUACUGCGGGACCAUGCGAAGAUGAAUACCUCUGCAAUCGCGCCGCUUUCAAGUUCGUCUGACCAGAAUGUUCUCCCGACUGACCUACUUAACUAAGUGACUGUGAAUGUGGAUCUAAACUGUCUGUAAGGAUAAUCAUCGGAUUCCUACACGCUUACCUUUUUUAGCUCAGUCAUAAUAUCGAUAGUUCUGCUGCGUAUUAGUAGAGUGCCGUCUUUCGCGGGGCAUGCCAUAGUGCGUGCAACAUUAAAUGGCGGAACCAUAUGAGAACAUGACACUUUCCUGGAAGAUUAAUUUCAAGACAUCUACGUAUGGCGGAUGAUGUUCCAUAAGUGGGAUAUCCCGUUCACGUCUUUUGCACGUUCAUAGAUUAUGGAUUGUUCUCAGUAAAGUUUACGGAUAUUUCUCUAUUUCGCAAAUUAAGUUACCGAUUUUUUUUCCCCUCGGACAAUUUGAGUGUUGUGAUGACAAUAGAUGUCGCCCCUGCGAUUAGACUUACGACCUUAACAGGAAACCGCGUUGCGAUAUAAUUGUUGCUUAUACUACAGCUUUCAAUGUGAAACAGGAUAAAUGGUCUGGUUGGUUUUUUUUUUUUUUUUUUCCGUUCCCACUUAUCGUUCUCGGACAGUGAGUUUUAAGUAAAAGAACACCGAUGGAGAUUAUGAAGAUAUAUUCCGUUUUAUACUAUAAUCAAUAUAAAAGGUAUGCGCAUCUAAGAAGAACAAUUUUUUGCAAGCUAGUCGUGCAUGAACUGCGGCGGUCGAACAAAGGGCAUCUACACGCAAAACCACCUUAUGUGAAAGGAUAGCCGUCGUACAAAUGCUUAGAUAGGUUAGUGAUACUAUUGUGAAUCUCGUUCAUGUAUUGUCAGUUUUAGUUGCAUCCUUCGAAUCUCGUGCGGUGUGAUUGUGCAUUUUGUGUGUGAAAUAAAGAUUUGAAAUGAAGUC